UGUCGUUGCAAUUCGUGCCCAGAGGCCAGAGCCCUAAAACGGAACUCUGAAGUCCGAACUCUGAAGUCCCAACCUCAAAUUCCCCAACUUUGGCGGUCCUUUCUCUCUCUUGUUUUUCUCCCGGCUGAACACACUUCCACCACUUUCUCUUCUCACUCUUCCUUCAACUUUCAACUCUCGUUCUCUCUCUUCUUUCUCAUUCAUCAUCAUCUAUUUAAUUCCAAAUUCAAACUUAAAAUUAAACUUCAUAAAAGGUUGCGUAAACUCACCGUGGAUUGAAAUUAUCGAUUUUUUUGGUUGAUAUUAUUGAAUUUUUAUAUAAUUUGGGAACAAAAGCUAUAAAAAUAGGAUUUUUUUGGGGGUUUCAGAAUUAGGGUUUUUAGAGAGUAGGGUAAUGGUGGUGGAAGAGGAGGAGAAGAAGAGGUGAUGGAGAACGCGGAGUUGGAUGAACCAGAGAAGAAAAGACCUCAUUUGAGCAGUGUUUCUUCCCCAAUGGCUCGGAACUCCAAUCUCUCUCCUGAUAAUAAAGCGGUUGAUGCAGCUGUCCUCCAAUACCAAAAUCAAAAACUUGUACAACAACUUGACGCGCAGAAACAUGAGCUGCAUGAUCUUGAAGUCAAAAUCCAAGAACUUAAAGAGAGGCAAUCCUCCUACGACGAUAUGCUAACAACUGUGAAGCAAAUAUGGAACCAGAUGAUUGAUGAUUUAGUUUUGCUUGGGGUUAGAGCUGGCGGAGGCAUAAAUAUAUUGCAAACUUUAGAUUCUGAAGACUGCUCUCAAGGUUCAUUCACCUCAUGUCCUGCGGAGCAUAUAUUUCUCUGCAGCCUUCUAAAAGUUGAGUCUGUCGAGCUGAAUGGUAGAGAUGAUUAUAUUAAAUAUAUACAAGAAAUUCUUGACCAGCGUCACUCUUCAACUUGGAAGUUACUGAAUUUCCUUGAAGACUUUGUGGAGGAUCAGAAGAAGAAGACCACAGACAUCUCUCAGGAAUUACAUGAAAAUCUUUCUACAGAAGCAGAUGCUACCAUUAAAUUGAACAAAAUUGAAGAUUUGAUGACAGAGGAGGCUAAUACUCUUCAUUUGGUCAUUGACGGUCUCCACCAAAAGCAUUUAGAGUAUGCUGAUAGAAUCCAAAGUUAUAUACAGAACCAGUCGGUGGAUGAAACUGAGAUUAAACAUAUUGCAGGUGAGCUGGAAGAAUUCAUGGCUGAGCUUGAAGAAAGCAGAAGAAAGCUUGUGAAUCUAAGAAUGCAGAAGAAUUUAGCAUCUGGGACUUACAGUCCAGCAACUGGGGUGAUGAAUGGCAGUUUGUCUCCGUUGAAGUUACCAGAUAGGUCAAUGGGUUUGCAGGAACUCAAAGAGUCAAUUGAGGAAGCUGAGAUAUUGGCAGCUGAUCGUCUUGCUGAGCUUGAGGAUGCACGUGAAGACCAUUCGAUCCUGUCGAAACAAUUGGAAGAAAUUGAGAGUGAAAUGAAGGAUGAUAAAUAUGUAUGCGCUUCUCGAUUGUACACUUUGCUAAAUGAUCAGCUCCACCAUUGGAAAGCUGAAGUCACACAAUACAAAGGGGUCACAGAUUCUUUGCAGUCAGAAAGGUCAUACCUCAUUAGAAGAGAGAAGGAGUUAGAGUUGAAAACAGAAUCAGCAGACAGUGCAAAAGCUGCUAUUGAAAACGCCGAGGCAAGAGUUGCGGAGUUAGAGCUGAAGCUCCAGAAUUCUGUUAUUGAGAAGAAUGAAGUUGAGGCUAAAUUGGAAGAAGCAGUUCAAGAUUCAGGAAGAACCGACAUUAAAUCUGAGUUUAGUGUGAUGGCCUCUGCUCUGUCAAAAGAAAUCGGAAUGGUUGAGGCUCAAUUGAAUCGAUGGCAAGAUAUUGCUCAGGAAGCAUUGUCCUUGCGUGGAGAAGCAGAAUCACAGAAGGCACUAUUAAAUGAAAAGACUAGUGAAGUGAAGGCCUUGGGAGAAAAAUGUGCUCAGCAGAUGGCGGAAAUCAAAUCCCUCAAGGAGUUGAUUGAGAAGCUGCAAAAGGAAAAGUUAGAACUACAAAUCUUUGUAGAUAUGCUUGGUCAGGGAAGUUAUGACAAUAGAGAUGUGAUGGAAAUUCAAGAAUCUGAACGAAGAGCUUGUGCACAAGCUGAGGUGUUGAAACAUGCUCUUGAUGAGCAUAAUCUAGAGCUAAGGAUUAAAGCUGCUAGUGAAGCCGAGGCUGCUUGCCAGCUGCGUCUCUCUGUUGCUGAAGCUGAAAUUGCUGAUUUAAGAGUUAAACUGGAUGAUACUGAAAGGGAUGUCUGUGAACUAACGGAAGCGAUUAAGAUGAAGGAUGCGGAGGCAGAAGCUUAUAUAUCUGAGAUUGAGACGAUUGGUCAAGCAUAUGAAGAUAUGCAGACGCAGAAUCAACACCUCUUGCAGCAGAUGACUGAGAGGGAUGAUUACAAUAUAAAGCUGGUGUCUGAUAGCGUGAAGACAAAGCAGGCUGUGAGUACUCUUCUCUCAGAGAAGCAAGCCCUGGCUAAGCAAUUUCAACAAGUGAAUGCAUCGCUGGAUUCACUUAAGACAAGAAUCUGCCAGAGUGAAGAGCAGAUGAAAUCUAUUAUGUCAGAGGCCUUGAACCAUUGCCAGGAAGACAGGCACCUCAUUGUUAGCCUAGAGAGGGCGAAGUGGGAAUUAUCAGAUGCCGAGAAGGAGUUAAAAUGGGUAAAAUCUGCUAUCGCUUCAUCUGAAAAGGAAUACGAGUAUGUUCAACGGAAGGCUGCUGAAAUUCAAAAGGACUUGGAGUCUGAAAGGCAUGACAGAAAGAAACUUGAGGAGGAGCUCGGAGAAUGGAAGGACAAGGUUGCUGAGAUGACUGCUGAAACUGGGGAGGCUGCAAUCCAGAGACUUCAAGAGGAAAUAAAGGAUUGCAAGUCUAUUCUCAAAUGUGGUGUCUGCUUUGACCGACCUAAAGAGGUUGUGAUUGUAAAGUGCUACCAUCUUUUCUGCAAUCAAUGUAUACAAAGAAAUCUUGAAAUUCGCCACAGGAAGUGCCCUGGUUGUGGUACUGCAUUUGGGCAGAACGAUGUUCGGUUUGUAAAGAUAUGAACUAAACCUGCUCAUAAGCCUCAAUAUUGUUUAAUUUGGUUGCUAAUAACCUAAUGCUUUGUAUGAUAGCGCACCACAAGAUUGUAACUGGCUGCCUAAAUGGCUAUGCCCCUUUGUAAAUAGCAAUUAGCGUAGCGAGCAAACCCCCCCUCCCCCCCUUCCCCUUUUUAGAAAGCACAGCUGAGAGGCUUAUCUCUCUUGUGUACUAUAGGAGAUUUUUAUUUAUGUGCCCAUAAUUGGGUAUGCUGAUGUAGAUAUCGCAUAUUAGAUCAUAUGUUUUAACCUCCACAGACCACAGAUAAUAAGAGCAGCGAUUUUCUUGAGCCUGCAA